AGUGUAUUAUGGGAUAGUUAUGGAUGAACCCGAGCUCUGACCCGAGUAUGGAAGUAGAACGGUAGAAGGUGAGAACACUCUACAACUUUGACGCUGCUCACAACGUUCUGAUAGCUUAGGAAAUUGUACAUAAUAAACAAGAUGACGGAUCGACUUCAGACCAGCUACCAGGCGAUGGGGGUCGGGGACGAUGAUCUGAGCGCAGACUCCCCACACGAACGCUUGAUCAUGAUCCAUGAGGUUCCGGAAAACAACAAGUCGAGGUGGAACCACGUUGAGGACUUGGAUGAGUUUUUCACAAGAGUCUACAGGUACCACCAGAAGAAUGGCUUCUUCUGCAUGAUGCUACAGGAGGGACUGGAGCUCGUACAGUUUGCCUUCGUCGUUCUCUUCUCCCUCUUCCUCCUCGGCUGCGUCGACUACAGCCGCCUCCACGCUGGCGACCACACCCACGUCAACGUCACCAUCUGGGACGCGGUCGUCCCCGGCAACCAGUGCAUGCGCAGCCUCAGCACCUGGGUGGUCGUGCUGCUGCUGGUGCCCGCCGUCGGGUUCUGGCUCCUGCAGCUAGCGAAGGUCGUCUACCACUUCUUCCGCUACCUGGAGAUCCGUGCGUUCUACGCGGGAGCGCUGCGCAUCGGGGCGGGCGACCUCGCGAGCAUGACGUGGCACGAGGUGCAGAAGCGUCUGCUUGAGGCGCAGAAGACGCAGCAGAUGUGCGUGCACAAGCGCGAGCUCAGCGAGCUCGACAUCUACCACCGCAUCCUGCGCUUCAAGAACUACUUCGUCGCCAUGGUGAACAAGUCGUUGUUGCCGCUGCGGUACCGCGCGCCACUGCUAGGAGCCGACCUCGUGUUUCUAACGCGCGGACUCAAGUACAACCUCGAACUCAUACUCUUCUGGGGUCCGUGGGCGCCGUUCGAGAACAACUGGCACCUCAAGGACUCGUUCAAGGACGCCAGGCGGCGCCACGAGCUAGCGGACUUUCUCGCGCGACGCAUACUCUGGGUCGGCGUCGCUAACUUUGCGCUGUGUCCGCUCGUCUUCGUCUGGCAGGUUCUCUACAUGUUCUUCAGCUAUGGCGAGACCAUACGGCGGGAGCCGGGCGCGCUGGGAGCGCGUCGCUGGUCGCUGUACGGACGCUACUACGCGCGACACUUCAACGAACUCGAUCACGAGCUCGCGGCGCGACUCACGCGCGGGUACCGCCCCGCCGCACGCUACAUGUCCAUAUUCACGUCGCCCGUCGCGACGGUGGUCGCCCGCAACGUGGCGUUCUUCGCCGGAGCCCUUCUCGUUGUUCUUCUCAUCCUGACGCUGGCGCUGGAGUCGCACGUUCACGUGGAACACGAGCUGGCGUUGAUCACGGCGCUGACUGUGGUCAUCACGGCGUGUCGCGCCUGCAUCCCGGACGAGAACAUGGUGUGGUGUCCGGAGACGCUGCUGGGCAUGGUGCUGGCUCACGUUCACUACAUGCCGGACUCGUGGAAGGGGAGCGCUCACACGACGCGUGUCAGAGACGACUUCUCACAGAUGUUCCAGUACAAGGCUGUCUUUCUACUAGAGGAGCUGCUCAGUCCGAUCAUCACUCCCAUAAUCCUCUGCUUCUCGCUGCGACACAAGGCGCUCGACAUCGUCGACUUUUUCCGCAACUUCACCGUCGACGUCAUCGGAGUCGGUGACGUGUGCAGCUUCGCACAGAUGGACGUUCGUCGUCACGGCAACCCGACGUGGGUGCCGGAGGGGCAGACGCAGGCGAAUCACUAUCAGCAGGCGGAGGAUGGAAAGACAGAGCUCUCCCUCCUGCACUUCACACUAACGAACCCUCGCUGGAAACCACCGCCGCAAUGUAACCUGUUUAUCACCAGCGUGAAGGAGCAGGUAACGCGGGACGUGAGCACGCUGCAUGGACCUAUUGCCGAGGAGACGGCUCUCUAUCAGUCUCUGUACUCCAUGUCGUCGCUGGGUGCUGGGUAUCAGAGCCUCAUGACGAGUCUUCAGCCACAGCUACAGUCUCGCCUCUUCUCAGAUCGACCCAUGGGUGCAGGCAGCAUCUAUCAGUCUCCCAGCCGCAGCAAGAUGGCCGGUAAACCGCGCGGCGGCGUGUCGCGCGUCGAGGGGCCGCUAGAGGGCAGCACUAACGGCGUGAUGGGCGCGGUGAUGCAGGCGAGCGGAGCGGGAGCGAUGGCAGCCAGUCACCUCAUCACCGACGCCAGCCUCACGCUCAGCCAGAGUGGCGCCCCCUCCCAGCAGCCGGCCGAACCGGGGCUCCUGGCAGAUGGCACAAAGUCGGACAUGAGUCUGAGCGUUCUCUAUCUGCACGAGCUUCACAACAGGAGGCGCCGCUACGGUGGUUACGAGGACAUCGCUCCUAUGGAACUGCAUCUACAGCAGCGCAGUUCGCCGGACGCGCCCGCAGCUACAGAGGGCGCCACCGGGCAGCCGGCGUCACAGGUGACCGGUUCGAGUCCCGCCCGCCUGCGCAUCCCCUCCGACCUCGCCAACCUUGUCGAGACAACAGAGGGCGCCACCGACGACGACGACGACGACUCCGCCCCGCUCGUGCAUCACGCCCAGAUCAGCUAACCGUGCGGUAGCCACGGCGGCGCCCCCUCGUGGCAGGCGAGGGAGGAACGAGCGUUCAAGUCAAUGUGAUGUAGAUCUGUGUUUGAAGUAUUAACUUUGUUAUUUCGCUAAGUAUCGUAUUCCUACGUGCGUGCGUACGUGCGUGCGUGCGUGCGUGCGUGCGUGCGUGCGUGUGAGUGCGUAGGCAUGCGUGUGCGUGUGAGUAUAUGUUACUAUGUACGCUUGCGUGUGCGCGUGAGUAUAUGUUACUAUGUACGCUUGCGUGUGAGUAUAUGUUACUAUGUACGCUUGCGUGUGAGUAUAUGUUACUAUGUACGC